AUAUUAUAACCUAAAAUGUCUGAUGAUGAAGAAGUGAUUGCCGUGAAGAAGCCCAGACAAGUCCAUUAUGGGUCCCUCGAGGAGCAGGAGAAAGCCCGGCUGGCGGCUCUGGCCGCGGCCGCUAAAGAAGGAGUCGAAGAAGGUGGAAAAGAACUUGGAGAUAUACAAAUCUCCAAUGAAUACAUGGAGUUAGAGGAUGAAAUGUCGAAGGACAAAAAGGCUUUACUCGAUGAGUUUGAGAGACGGAGGAAGGCUCGCCAGUUGAACGUGUCCACUGACGAUGAUGAGGUAAGAAGGAGUCUCCGGCAGCUCGGUGAGCCGGUCUGCCUGUUCGGAGAGGGUCCGGCUGAGCGGAGAGUGAGGUUGAGGGACUUGCUUAGCUAUCUGGGUGAGGACGCAAUACACAAGAAGUUAGAAGAAGAAGAAGCUCGUAUAGAAAGGGACAGAGGUCGGGAGGGCACCUGGUACCACGAAGGCCCUCCAGAGCUGAGGGACGCUAGGCUGUGGAUAGCUAGGUAUUCGUUACCUAGGGCCAAGCGUAGGUUAAAUAAAGCACGUGAGGAACUACAGUUAGCUGGCAGUGUAAGAGCGGCCGCUAAGCAAGAGUCGCAGAGGAGGGCGUCCGCUAUCUCCAUAUACUGCAGUCAGAUCGGUGACACGAGACCAAUAAGCUUCUGCAGAUUUAGCGGUGACAGUCAGAUGUUGAUCACGUCUAGCUGGUCUGGUCUGGUGAAGGUCUGGUCGGUGCCAGACUGCAAGCUGCUUCAGACCCUAGCGGGUCACACGUGUAACGUCAGCGCCGCCGUGUUCCACCCGAACGCUGAAAUGCCCCACCAUUUUAGGCAAAUGGUGGAGAAUGAAAAUAAUGAGGAAAUGAAAUCAACAACAGACAUGGACACAAGCGACGAGUCGUCGAAGACGGUGUCGAUGGCGUCCUGCGCUUACGAUGGCUCCGUACAUCUGUGGAACUUUGCCAGCAAGUCCCCCAUGGCUUCCCUGGAGGGUCACGGCCCGUCCCGCGUGGCGCGCGUGGAGUUCCACCCGUCGGGCCGCUUCCUCGCCACCACGGUCUUCGACCACUCCUGGAGGCUGUGGGACCUGGAGACACAGAAGGAAGUACUGCAUCAAGAAGGCCACGCCAAACCCGUGUACAGUAUAGCCUUCCAGUGCGAUGGGUCUCUCGUAGUGACUGGCGGCCUGGACGCGUUCGGGCGCGUGUGGGACGCGCGCACGGGCCGCUGCGUGAUGUUCCUGGAGGGGCACCUGGGCGCCGUGCUGGGCGCCGACUGGGCGCCCGCCGGACACCGCUGCGCCACCGCCGGCGCCGACCACCAGGCCAAAAUCUGGGACCUACGUCGACGCGCUCCAAUAUAUACCAUACCCGCCCAUACGCACUUACUGAGUGAUGUGAGAUAUCAAAAGAGCCACGGCCACUUCUUGCUGACGUCGUCAUACGACAAGAGUGUCAAGCUCUGGUCGAACCCAGCCUGGCACCCCUUGAGGACAUUAUCUGGACACGACAAUAAGGUGAUGAGCGCAGAUAUAUCUAUGGAUAACAAGUACAUAGCUACCUGCUCCUACGACAGGACCUUCAAAUUCUGGUCUCCGGAACUAGCUUAAAUUCUUUUGUAUAAUAUUAAAUGAUUGGAUAAUG